CUAGACCCUAGUUGUUUAGAGUCGGGAAAAAAAUCGAAAAAAGGCUUUGAAACGGGUCUGGUCCGGAGGCGGCUGGGAAUCUGAUUUGGAGGAGAUAGCUGAUGUUUACUGGAUACUUUGUGUCUUACCGAGGAACAGAGGAUCUCUCUCUUCUUUGGAAAAAUGAUUUGUUUUAUAAGAAAAUGAAGAUGCGUUGAUAUUUCUGGCUAAACAUACUUAUAUGUAAUAACUUUUCAUCUCCAUUGACGAACAUACUUGGGGGCGUCAUGGGAAGCUUCAAGGGCCACGCGCUCCCUGGAAGCUUCUUUCUGGUAGCCGGGAUCUGGUGGACAGGGAAGCACUCACUCUGGCACGCCACCCGCAGGAACAAGAACAUAGGCUCCACUCGGCUGGCCAGCAGAGCCUCACAGCGCCGCCUGGAGAUCAUCGAAAGCUCCGUCGUACUCUUCUUUUCUUUAGUUGGGAUGCUGUUAGAGCAGUUUGCAGCAGGUGGGCCGAGACUCCAGCUGUAUGACUUUGCAGAGAAACACUGGGAAUACCUGAUGAACUGGCAGCAUGCCACCAUGUAUCUGUUCUUUGGCCUGGCUGCCACUGUGAAUCUGAUUGUACACACCACAGAGGUUGCUCCACUGGCACUGGAUAGGUUAAUGCUGGCUAUUGCUUUCUUUAAUGAAGGAUUUCUUUUCUUCUACCACCUCCACGGCAGGAGUAUGCUGGACGUCCAUGUGCACCAGCUGCUUCUCUUCGCCAUCUUUGGCGAGGCUGUUGUUGCCUUCCUGGAGGUCUUCCACCGAGGUAACAUCAUCCUGGAGCUGCUGCGCUGCACCCUCACUCUCCUGCAGGGAAGCUGGUUCUGGCAGAUUGGUUAUGUGCUGUACCCUCCCCACGGUCCUGAGUGGGACCUAAAUGAUCACAACAACAUGAUGUUCGUCACCAUGUGUUACUCCUGGCACCUCGCCUUCGCCAUGCUCGUCGUGAGCGUGCUCUAUUGCACCAUCAGCUGUGUGGUUCGCUCCAGAUUGAGGAGGACUCCUCCGAUGGAAAUGGGACUUCUGAAGCCGAGAGAUCCAGAGUCAGAAGAUGAGAUUCUGUGAAGAGGACUGUUGUACGCCUACAUUGUGACUCAUGUACAUCACACUUAAAUCAGGGAUAUGAUGUCUGCAGUUCCAGCAGCAGUACGACUAGAAGCAAAGUGUGCAGACAGAAGAAGAAUAAGGACAAAGUUUCUGGAUGCUUUACUUUAGAAAUAUAUCUUUACCUCUGCCUUAUUUAAUCAGCUGUAAACCCCUGUAGCCUUACUCUCAUUGUUCAUUGCUAGUUAUUUUACUGUGUCCUAAUACCUUUCAUAUACUCGGCAAUGUCAUUUUUGCCAAUUAUUAUUUUGCACAUACAAUAUAAGUGAACAUGAACUUAUAAGGGUAAGCUUUUUAUGGAUUGCAUGCUUUUAAUUUGACUCGCCAAACCUCUGUUGUCAGACAUAUUGGUUUUUGAUGUAACGUCAUCUUGUGGGUUCUUUGUUUCAUAUUGUUUUAAACUUAACCCAAAUGCCAAAAAAAUAAGAAUUUUAUUAAAAUUGUUUAAUUGUUAA